AUGCUCUUCAUGCGCGCCGCGUCAAAGGUCAGUCGGGUGGCAGUCCCGGCCUACCGAGCACCUACCGUUGCAUUGAACGCUCAGCGCACCUUCUCGCAGUCGGCUAUCCGAAAGAGCGAUGCGCACGCCGAGGAGACGUUCGAAGAGUUUACCGCCAGGUAUGAGAAGGAGUUCGAGAAGGUCAAUGAUGUUUUUGAGCUUCAGCGAAACCUGAACAACUGCUUCGCUUACGAUCUCGUCCCCUCCCCUGCAGUCAUCACUGCCGCUCUCCGCGCUGCCAGGCGUGUCAAUGACUUCCCCUCGGCUGUCCGAGUUUUCGAGGGUAUUAAGUUCAAGGUGGAGAACAAGGGCCAAUACGCCGAGUACCUUCAGGAGCUUGAGCCGAUACGCGAGGAGCUUGGUAUUCCCCUUAAGGAAACGCUCUACCCUGAGGAGAAGUAG